AUGGCUAAGGUGGCUCGACCGGUUUUCUGCGAGCUCGCGUCUCAAAAACUUGCGGUUCUUGUUCCGGUUCAGAGGGUAAGGACCUCCGAUGUGUCGUCCGCAUCAUCGACGGGGACGGAUAAGGUGAAAAUCAUGCUACAGCCUCGUCUAUGCACGCUCAGAUUGUACGGUUCUGAUCAGGUGGAGAUGAUGAUGAAGCCGUGGAGGGAGGGUGGUGAUGGUGUUGAUGAUGAGGGCGGUGAUGGGGUGUCGUCGUCGCCAUUCUUUGCGACUCUGUCGGUGUACAUAGAGAGCUCCAAGAAGAGUCAGGACUUUGAGAUCAAGUCACUGAAAUGA